AUGGCACUCCCGGCAGUCCAACUUCCUCGGAGGAAGAAGCAAAUGACUUAUGGCAAAGCUGCGCGCAACGCAAAUGCUUGGGGCAGUAUGACUGCAGAUGACCAGGACGACGGUGCAUCAAGUGGUCACUUGACGGCAGUCGCACGCGAACAGAGUGUGAAGCAAACAUAUCCUGUACAAAAGAGUGGAUCUCAAGCUCAAAUGCAAGGGAGGCCCAAGGCUAAGAGAGACGAUAUGUGGGAUGUGCCAUCGUCGGAUGACGAGCGCAUGGCCCAAAGCUCGCGGACAACGACUAAAAGGCUUCCAAGUGUUAGGAAGCCUGUGAUCGAUGAUGAGGCACCACAGUUAACGUCUUGGGAGAAGAGGAAUGUCAAACCACAGAUACCUCAGCGGACUGAAGAAACAGGACAAGUCGCCCGUGAAGCGCCUUCGCCACGUGCUGUGAGAAAGACUUCAGCCGGGAACAAUACACACGAAGCAGAGUCACAUGCGCCAAAGAUUCAUUCGCGAGCAAUGGACGGCCUGCGAAACACGAGAAGCGCCACUACAAAUCAGACUUCUGCAAAUCACAAGAGCGCCGCAGCGCGACUUCAAGCGAAAAAGAACGUCACGACCACGAGCGCUGCGAUCGAGGGUCCUAAGCAAUCUGCGCAAGGAGAGAAGCGCACAAGUAGAGAUUCGAAAGGCGACGAACUGUCACGUAAUUCUCGAAAGAGGGCGCGCGCCAUGCCACAGGAAGAACAGACUCAUUCGCAGCCAGGGAUGGGAGCGGCAGGAAAUGUGUCAGAUCGCGACGACGUCAUCAUGGGGCCCGCCGACAUCCACAUGGACAUUGAUGUUGACGUUAUUCCCAUCGAAUCACAUGCCAAAGCGGACGAUGACAAGCAACCUUCUUGCGACAAAUCACCCAGCAAAAAGGGAGACCAGACAUUACUACCAGCACGGUCGAGAACACUCUAUAAUAAGCAGAAAUCCGCGCCCUCACGGUUGCAUGGCAUGAUUUCGUCCAGCCAGAAGAAUUCAGAAACGCUCGUCCCUCCCAACCUCAGUAUCACCCUCAGCCAAAACAAUAUUUCCGACAGAUUAACCUCACAAGCUACCCAUGACGACUUGGUUCAUCAUCAGGGGCCUGCGACUGCAACUCCGAGACCGGCGAGGCGCUGGGCCAAGAAUCUCCCGGACGCGUCUGCAAUAUCAUCUCCAAGUGACCUUCCCAUGGCAUCACUACUAUUGCAGAGCACGAAGCGAUCAACCGGCCUCGGCAAGUCAAAGUCGGAUCUCGGACAGCGCCGUACGAAAUUGGUCGAUCGCCUGAAAGCACUGGCACAAAGCUCGGAUGAGGAAGACGAGACGGACAUCAAUGUCAAUAAGACGAUAAGCACAUGGACGCCGAUCAGCUCGGCUAAAGCAUCUUCUCCGCCACAUUCCCAAUCGCAACAGCCUCAACCGACACAGACGGCCAGGCCAGGGCCACCAAAAAUAACAUAUGCAAAGUCGCGAUCGCACCUCGAGGACUCUGGCGACAACAACCUGCUGCUAGAAAUGAUCGCACCCUCUCCGCUAUCAGGCACGGGUUCAAAAUCGAGCGCUGGCCGCAUCGGCCGAAGUCCACAGAAGUCUUCCUGGGACUUUGAAGACGACGAUUUAUCUGGACCCAAAACACAACAAUUCCGCUCCAUCCACGAGCUGCGUGCAAACGGCGACCACGUUCGCUUCUUACACGACAUUAGCAAUCUGAUGGACGAUAUCUCUGAUCAGAAAUACUCGGCACGUUGUCGUCGACGUAGUGCAUUGAUGGAGUUGUCAUUACGACUAAUGGACAAAGGAUUCGCACAGAAAUUCUGCCGACAUGGGCAUGAGCAGCAAUUGAUCGCCGAGUGCGCGAGCACCCCCGAUGAGAUUGCCGAUUUCGCGCUCGCGGCUACAUUCAUGAUUCUAAGCGGUGAGGAAGGUCCAGAUAGUACCUUUGUGGUGCUCCGCAAGGGUGGCGUGCUCGAAUGGUUGAGGCGACAGCUCGGCGCGCGUCGUGCGGCGCGCGUGAUGGUCAAAGACCGACAUAACAAUAUGGCCAAAGCUGCGCAAUCGACCUGGCUGGCCGAGUCUAAGCAGAUCGCCGCACAGGAUACUAUUUGGGGCGAGAAUAAGCCCACGACGAUCACAUUGCGCGUGAUAGCUCUCAAGGCAAUGGAAAAUAUCGUCAGGAGGCUUCGAAGGAACGGAGAUGCUUCAGAACUGAUUGAUCGCACAGCAUUACCGGAGAUUCUCCCACGCCCCGAAGAUAUUGAGAACAUGGCACACGAUGAAUCGAGCCGCUUCGAGAUCGCCAUUGUAAUUUCUGUCCUCGAAGCUUCCACUAUACCAUCUAUCGCAUCGGACUGGAGUUCGGAUCUCAUCGAACGGAUAAUACUAAUACUUACCUCGCCGACCUUACAGGAUAAGAAAGCCCAACAUACGUAUUUCCUCACUCUACGGUUGUGCCACAACCUCAUCAACGACAACACCACCAAUCGCGCUUACUUCUGCGACAGCGCUCCCGCCAUGACUCAUUUGCUUCUAGGCGUGCACAACGGGCUUCAGAGACAGGGAGCUACCGGCCUUUCGGAAGAAGAAGCUGCGCUCGGAUUGGACGUCUUAGUCCUCGAGUUCGGCCUCCUCAUCGUCAUGACCGAGCACAGCGCCGACGUCUGCGCCUCGGCCGUGGAACCCACCAACCACGCAACACUCGUCGCUUUGGCCGAGAGCUUCCGCCGCGGACGCACCUUGACCGACGAAGCGCUCACCGAGGAAGCAGUGGUGGCGAACGUCGCACAUGGUUACUUGGCCGUGGUGCUAGCGAAUCUGUGUCGUGACGCCGGGGCGCGUGAGGUCAUCGCCGCACAGCUCCCUGGGAACAACGGCUUGAGCAUCCUCGUUGCGGCCGUCGAGGAGUUCGUCAUGUAUCAUCAGAAAGUUGAUAUGGUCAAUUUCAACGACGACACUGGUGCGGAGGUCUGGGGUGCCUUCACGGAAGUCCUCAAGGGUGUUUUGAAACGGCUCAAGGAGAAUGUGGGUUGA